AUGACUCUGGCACCCUCUGACCAAGGUCUCUUUUCUUCUUUAGUGCUAGCCCUCUGGCUGCAGCUGGGUACAGCAACCAAAAUUGUCUGUUACUUUACCAGCUGGAUCCAGUACCACCCUGGAACUGCCCACUCCAUGCCCGAGAAUGCGGACCCUUGCCUCUGCACGCACAUCAUCUAUGCCUUCUCUGGCAUGGCCAACAAGAUCACAACCAUCAAGUGGGAUGAUGAGGCCCUCUCUGCCAGCAUCAAUGGCCUUAAGAACUAUAACACGGAGCUGAAAACCCUGCUCUCUGUUGGUGACUGGAAUGUGGAACCUAGGGGUAAAACCUUCUUCUCAGACAUGGUGACCACUGCUGAGGACCAUCAGACCUGCCUCCAGUUGGCCUCAUGGUUUCUGAAGAAGUACAACUUUGAUGCGGUGGACAUAGAUUGGGAGAAUCCCAGCAACCACGGCAGCCCAGCAGACACCCAGCAGCUCUUCACUGUCCUGUUGAAGAUGACUCACCCUUGCUGUGAAGUGUAUAAGGCUUUUGAGCAAGAGACCACCCAGAGCAACAAGCCCAGUUUGCUGAUUUCUACUGCUGUGUUGGCUGGCGAAAGUACCACUGAGACUACCUACCAGAUUCCUGAGAUGUCUAAGUACCUGGACUACUUCCAUGUCAUGGCCUAUGAUCUCCAUGGCUCCUGGGAGGGCUGUGUUGGAGAGAGCAGCCCCCUCUACAAAUACCCAACUGACACUGGCAGCAACACCCACCCCACUGUGGAUUAUGCUAUGAACUACUGGAAGGACAGAGCCGCAGCUGAGAAGCUCAUCAUUGGAUUCCCUGCCUAUGGACACACCUUCAUUCUGAGCAACACUUCCAGCAGUGGAAUUGAUGCACCUACUUCUAGUGCUGGUCCUGCCCGGCCCUACACCAGGCAGUCUGGGUUCUAGGCUUACUGUGAGAUCUGCACCUUCCUGAAAAAUGGAACCACUUAGACAUGGGAUGCUCCACAAGAUGUGCCCUACGCCUAACCGAGCAUUGAGUGGGUUGGCUAUGACAAUGUAAAGAGCUUCAAUAUCAAGGUACAGUGGCUUAAGCAGAACAACUUUGGAGGCAUCAUGGUCUGGGCCAUUGAUCUGGAUGACUUCACUGGCACUUUCUGCAACCAGGGCAAGUUCUUCCUGACAUCCACCCUGAAGGAGGCCCUCGGCCUACAGAGUGUAAAUAAGUGACAGUGGCGGAUGCCCAAGGAUGGCAGCAGUGGGAGCGGCAGUGGCAGCAGUGGGAGCGGCAGUGGGAGCGGCAGUGGCAGCAGCGGGAGCAGCAGCUCUGGAGGCAGCAGGGAGCAUGGAUUCUGUGCCGGCAAAGCCAAAGGCCUCUUCCCCGUGGUGAAUAACACAAACGCAGAACUUCCGGGCUGGCCUCGUCUUUGA